CCGGGCCCGGCCCCUCCCGCCCGCUGCUGCCUCCCGCCGCCGCAUUCGCCGCGGAGCCGGAGGCAGCGGGCAGGGCGCGGAGCUGGGCCGCCGCCGCCGCGAGGGGGGGAGCCGCCGCGGCGCGGGGCGGAGCCGGGCCGGGCCGGGCCGGGGCAUCCUGCCGCCCCCCGCGCCGGCCGGCCGGCAUCGCCGCGGCGGGCAGCGCGGCGGAGGUGCUGCCAGCGCCGCGGGGCGCCUCGCCGCCGCCGGGCCGUGCCGCGCCGCAGGGAGCGAGCGAGCCGCGGAGCCCGCGAAGAUGCUGUCCUACAGCGUGCUGGACGCCACGGUGGUGGACGUGGAGAAGAGGCGGAACCCCUCGAAGCACUACGUCUAUAUUAUAAAUGUGACAUGGUCCGACUUGACUUCACAGAUCAUCUACAGAAGAUACAGCAAGUUCUUUGACCUGCAGAUGCAGCUUCUGGACAAGUUCCCUAUUGAAGGCGGCCAGAAAGACCCCAAGCAAAGAAUCAUCCCUUUCCUACCAGGUAAGAUCCUGUUCCGGAGGAGUCACGUUCGGGAUGUGGCUGUGAAGAGGCUGAAGCCCAUUGACGAGUACUGCCGGGCACUGGUGAGGCUUCCUCCUCACAUUUCACAGUGCGAUGAAGUCUUCAGGUUCUUCGAGGCUCGCCCAGAGGACCUUAAUCCUCCCAAAGAGGACUAUGGAUCUUCAAAGAGGAAAUCAGUUUGGAUGUCCAGUUUGUCUGAGACUCCAAAAAAGAAUGUCACAGGUGCUGAUGCUAGCUCCGAACCCAUGAUCCUGGAGCAAUAUGUGGUGGUGUCCAACUAUGAGAAGCAGGAGAACUCUGAAAUUAGCCUCCAGGCUGGAGAGGUCGUGGAUGUCAUAGAAAAAAAUGAAAGCGGCUGGUGGUUUGUGAGCACAGCGGAGGAGCAGGGCUGGGUCCCUGCUACAUACCUGGAAUCCCAAAAUGGUACCAGAGAUGACUCUGACAUCAACACAUCCAAAAUCGGGGAAGUCUCUAAGCGACGCAAGGCUCACCUGAGGCGCCUGGACCGGCGAUGGACGCUGGGCGGGAUAGUCAACAGGCAGCAGAGUCGAGAAGAGAAAUAUGUCACUAUCCAGCCGUACGCCAGCCAGGGGAAGGAUGAGAUUGGGUUCGAGAAAGGGGUCACCGUGGAGGUCAUCCAAAAGAACCUGGAAGGAUGGUGGUACAUAAGGUAUCUAGGCAAAGAGGGCUGGGCCCCAGCUUCAUAUCUGAAGAAGGCUAAGGAUGAUCUUCCGUCUAGGAAAAAGAACUUAACUGGGCCAGUGGAAAUCAUAGGAAACAUCAUGGAGAUCAGUAACCUGCUGAACAAGAAAUCAUCCACCGACAAGGAAACCCAAGCAGAAAAUGAGACCUCAGAAUCCCACAUCACCAAGAAGGAAAUCAGCUUGCCCAUCUUGUGCAAUGACUCUAAUGGCAAUGCCAUGAUGACCCCAGACAAGCAGGCAUCUAAACUGGCCCAGGGAUCCCCAGCCAUAGCAAGGAUAGCACCACAAAGAGCUCAAAUAAGUUCUCCAAAUUUAAGAACAAGGCCUCCCCCACGAAGAGAAUCCAGUCUGGGUUUUCAGUUGCCCAAACCACCGGAGCCACCCUCUGUGGAAGUAGAAUACUACACUAUUGCCGAGUUCCAGUCUUGCAUCUCUGAUGGGAUAAGCUUUCGUGGAGGACAAAAGGCAGAGGUUAUAGAAAAGAAUUCUGGUGGCUGGUGGUAUGUGCAGAUUGGAGAGAAGGAAGGAUGGGCUCCGGCAUCUUACAUUGACAAGAGGAAGAAGCCAAAUUUAAACAGAAGAACCAGUACUUUAACCCGUCCAAAGGUUCCUCCCCCAGCACCUCCCAGUAAACCAAAAGACACUGAAGAAGGAACAACUCCUGGAACUGUUUCUUCGGGGGAAGCCCAGGACUCUGCCCACAAGCUCAAAUACGAAGAACCAGAGUAUGACGUGCCUGCUUUUGGCUUUGACUCUGAGUGUGAAGGGAAUGAAAGCCAUCGCGAAGAGAACACUCCUGAAAAACGAUUGUUUCAGCCACUCAAGCCUUCUGCUGUGUCAUCACUUCAGAAAACAAAGUUCAAAGUAGAAGAAUCUUCAGAGGAUGUUGCCCAUGAAGAAGAGACCAUCUAUGAGAAUGAGGGAUUCAGACGUUAUGCGGAAGAUGCUUUGUCCAACAAGGAAUCUAGUGGAGACUCCGACUCUCAGAAAAGCUCCUCUCUCUCCUUGAUCCGAAGGAACUCUCCAUGUUCCAGCUCUCCUAAAACAUCAUUCGUGAAGCCCAAGACUGACAAAAACAUCCAGCCCGAUCUUGGAAAAUGUCACUACUCAAGGAGUGAGGAGUCGAAACCAAGGUCAGCUUCAGAUGUUGGCUUACGUAGCAUGCCAAGAACAGGUGUGAAGAAAGAGCCUGGACAGAGCCCUUCCAUUAGAGCAAAGCCAAUUGUUAGGCCCAAACCCUUCCUGAACAAGGCAGAGUCUCAGAGUCAGGAAAAGAUGGAUAUCAGCACUUUAAGACGUCAGCUGAGGCCAACUGGGCAACUCAGAGGUGGACUUAAAGGUUCAAGAAGUGAAGAGUCUGAGAGCCCCCCCCACACAGCUUUUGAGAACCAAGAAGAUCCUGUUAGAAGGAGCUCAGCUGAUCUCAUUACAGCUCCUUCCCAUGGCAUUUUCUGCUCCAGCCAUCAGGCCAAAACUGAGCAAGAAAAUGAUUCCAGAUGUUUCUAUGUGACCACUGACUCAUACCAAAAGGUACAGGAUUCUGAAAUUUGCUUCCCAGCAGGAGUAGAAGUAGAAGUGCUGGAAAAGCAAGCCAGUGGUUGGUGGUACCUGAAAUAUGGAGAUAUGGAAGGCUGGGCUCCUUCCCAUUAUUUGGCUCUUGCUGAUAACCAGCGAGAAACCACAGCAACAGAGACUGAUGCCUCACUUUCCAAGAACAGGAAAAAUGAAAACAAGUCAAACAGUUUAGAGAAGAUAGAGAAGAGAGUUCAGGCUUUGAACACCAUCAACCAGAGCAAACGUGCAACACCGCCCAUCCCAAGCAAACCUCCUGGUGGUUUUUCAAAAACAUCAGGCCCAGUCAAAAUGAGGAAUGGUGUGAGGCAGCUUGCCGUCCGGCCGCAGUCAGUGUUUGUCUCUCCACCACCAAAGGAAAACAACCUGUCAUGCUCCUUGCGCAGAAAUGAGUCCUUAACAUCUACAGAUCAUCUUAGGACCGUCCGUCGGAAUUCCUCCUUCAGUAACGCACGAUCGCAGCCAGGCGACGCCAAGGGAAAGCAGGCUGAGAGGUCGAGCACAGAGGGCUCGGAGACCACCUCCAACCUCCCCACCCAGAGGAAUGGGAUCCCCGUGUCCACUGUCAGGCCAAAACCCAUUGAAAAAUCCCAGUUCAUCCACAACAAUCUCAAAGACAUCUAUGUUUCCAUUGCAGACUAUGAAGGGGAUGAAGAGACUGCGGGGUUUCAGGAGGGUGUCUGCAUGGAGGUCCUGGAAAGGAACCCCAAUGGCUGGUGGUACUGCCAGAUCAUGAAUGGUGUGAAACCAUUCAAAGGCUGGGUGCCCUCAAAUUAUUUGGAGAAAAAGAACUAAUGUUGCAAUGUCUCUAACCUCCCUAAUUUAUACUGUUCCUGCUGUGUACAUGUGGAAAAAACAAUUGCUACACAAAAAGACCUUUCCCUGUGCCCGAGUUUGUACAAAGGGACAAAGGAGUCUGUCUAUGCUGCGGACAAAUCUGCCAUGUUCUGGAGAGGUUUGUGGGGUUAAGGCGUCAUAAGCAACUGUGAGGAAGAUAGAGCAUAGUCAAAUGCCUUUUUGUGAAGUUGUUAAUAAUCUUGUAUGUGUAACAGGGUAAUGACAUCCCAUCUUUCCCGUUAUUGAUAGGAAACCAAAUGUGUGCCUUUUGUGAGAGAAAUACAGAUGCAUCUACUUGAGGAGUUUAGUGCCAAACUCUGAUGUUCUACAGUCUUGGCUCGCUUUCUCCUCGUUCUUGUCCAUACAUGGAAUACCCCAGAGUUUUGGAUGUGUUUCCACAACUUACUAAUAGUGAGAAGCAAAUGGAAAUUGCGUUCUGAAACACAGGGACUCUAACCCUUUGGAGAAGCUCACUUUCCUCCUCUCAACAGUUGGUUGGUCCAGAGUUAGAGCCUUUUCCUUGUGGAGAGGUUUGGUCUCUGACUUCAGCCAUGUUUUGUUGUUACUGCUAACUCCCUUUUAUUGUUACUGCUAACAAUCAGGUGGUGUUGGUUGGGGGCUCCUUUUUGUUUCCUUUUGUUCUCUGUCUAGUUCUUGGAGUUGGGAUUUCAGGUGUUCUAGGGCAGCGAUGCCUACUGGUGCUUAUACAAAACAAACCCACAAACCCCAUGCUUAAGCAUGUUGAUUACUUUAUAGGCUCCCUAUUUAGUUCUGUGUCUGACUUCUUCAAGGAGAUCUCGGUUGAUUCUCUUCCCAGAAUUGGUUUUCUCGAAGUGAUCAUAAUUUCAAAAUGUACAAAACUCCCUUAAGACACUGAAGACAAGAAAGUUGUUGAAUGUGUCAAUUCUGUUUUUGUGAUCUGGUCCGAAUCUAAGCAUGCUGACUGCUGGCAGGACCCACAAAAGUAUUAGUUAGAAAUAGCCGUAACCUUCAGCAACAUCAGUGUUUACAAAGAGGGAGGAAAAAAAGCCAUCAAACUCAGUCUGCACAUCCUAAUUUGUAUAUUUUUGGGGAAUUGUUUUUCUGUGUUUUGUUUUUGUCUUUUUUGUGCAUUCUGGGAUUACUUUAACUUUUUUUUUUUGUCUUGGUUUACCAGAAGAGGCUUUUAAAACUGAAGUAGGAGCCAAAUGUGUGUUUCUGUUCCCACUUGAAUCCAAAAGAGUACAUUUGUACUGGAACGUGUGUCGGGGCUUUUCAGGCUGAGAUUUAAUAUCAAAGCAAUUAGGUCUAAAAUGAGUUUAACCAGGAAGCUGCCUCUUCCAGUUCCAUUUCCGUUUGCCUUUCUUAACUCAUGCUUUGAGAUGAGGCACACGGAGGGUACAGUGGUGGGAAAGGGAAGAGGCAUCCAUUGGAAAGGGCUUGGAAUUUGGAGUUAUUCCUGAGGUGGCCAACUCUUGUACUGUAAACUUCGGCUAAAUCCCUACUGUACUUGAGAAAGUCUUGCUUUUUUUUUUUUUUUUAAUGGCCUUAUUAAUCGUUUAAGAUCAAUAUUUGGUUCCUUUAAAUAGGCAGCGUUGUGUAUCUGUUUUGAGGGGGAAGGGGCAGACUAUUUCACUACUGGCUUACACAAAAUGAUACAUGCCCUUUCUUCCACCAGAGCUUCAUACCAAUUUGGCUUGGAAGGUAAAGGUUAUAAAGACUUUAAGUAGCUGGGAUCAAGGGAUUGAGUAAAAUAGCACAAUAUCGUGUGUUACUAGGGAUGUUCCUCUGCCAAAAAAAAAUUACACAAUUUAUAUGUUGUUCUUGUCGUCUUUUUUGAUUUUUUGGUGUGGUUUGGGGUUUUUAUUAAUUGCUAUGCUAACAUCAAGAGAGCGUUGCCUACAGCUAAGCUGACUGUCCUUUUGUUAGCUUAAAACGCAGGUGGCACGAGUGGCCACGGGCAGUGCUGUGGUCCCGGCAGCUCUCUGAGCCUCAGAGCGGGGAGGGAGGGUGUUCGGUUGGGAUCCAUUUAAAUUGGGGUGACAGGAGAAGGAGGUCUAUCUGCACAUCAGCCCCUAUCCCAAUGCGUGGAGCCCGCUUUGUACCUUACAUCUUACUAUAUGAUAUAUAUGUAUAUAUCCAGUUAGCUACAUCUUUCUGGAUGUAUAUCUGAGGCGUUGCAGCCCUGUCUCUCAUGCUUCUCCCCAUUUUUAGUUGUACUAAUAUGGUAGCAGCCAUUAAAGACUGCUGGAGCUGUUGUGAGAUUAUAAUAGAAGUAUUAUAUUCUUCUGCUGGACAGUAUUAAAUAGAGCAAUACAUAGAGUUAUCUGCUAGAUUGCAGUACUAAUAGUAGUGACUUAGUGACUCGUAUUAAUGUUGUUAUGAUUUAUUUUAACAAUAAUGAUGCGGAAGUGGUUCAUUAUUUUGAAUUAAUGCACUUUAACAAUAAAAGAAACCAAAAUGGAAGCCAAUGCAGAGAACCAAGUGCAUUAUUUAAAGGUGCAGUAUAUAAUUAUCACUUUCUUCAAGCACAUAUUUAUUAAGAAUUAACUUAUUAUUUAAAAUAUGCUCAAGUUUUGUUUAGAAGCAUUCCCACGAGGUCACCUCUCUGGGAGGAAGGUAAAAGCACAGCUCCCAAACCUUCUGCAUUGAGCUGCUGUGGCCGGGGCUCCUGCCCGGCAAUGGGAGAGCCGCCCGUGGCUCUGCCGCUAUGAGAAAUAGCUGCAUCCAGCAAAAGCGAGCCCAGAGCAUCCUGGCUCUGCCGGGCAGGCCCCUCGCAGGGCUCGCAGCAGCCGUAGCUCCCAGUGGCUUUUGGCACGUGGUCGCCACGAGCCCACAUCCCCACUGGGCGCAGGCUUUGCUGUGUGGCUCGGAUUUGGCUAACCGAGAGGGUCUGCCCAAAAAACAGGGGCUGGCCCUGUAGCAGACAGUGGUCCGUCUCCCUUGCCACCGGUGGAGCAGGGGGAAGACCCCCUUAUUUUGGCGGGGAGGCUGUGCAUGGCCAAGGGGCUCGUUGCGCUGGCGGGAGGGACAGGCACCAGCCUGCUGCAUGGGAUGCCCGAGCAAAGCCUGGAUUUGGCCUAGCUCUUGUGUUUAAAAGGGCACUUUUUAAGUAAAGACCAAAAAAGAAAAAAAAAAUUUCCCGUCUCCUCUUACUUUUUCAUAAUCUCUCAGUGAUUUUGUUAUUUCAAGUGUGAGAUCAGGAAAAUACUUUUUUAAAUAUUUUUAUUUUAUUUCCCCCAGCUCAGCGAGCAGCUAGUGCAUAGUCAGCUCCACUGGCAGCCUGAAUAGCAAGCCGUGUUCCCUGCUGGCUGCGAAACCCAGUGAAUGGCCUCAAACUUAACCAGAAAAGCAGACUGUGGGGCAGCACAACCGGGAAGGGUGACUCGGAGGACGAUGGAGCACUAAAAGGGUUUUAGAUCUUUUCUAAAAUGAUGUCACCUUAAGCUUUAUUUACUAAAUUUGUCAGAACUGACACUGGAUCAAGAGCAAUGUUUAUAAGUAAUGUACACCUCAGUGAACACUCAAUGCAGAAAUCAAUAGUACUGUUCAAAUUUAUUUUUUGUCUGAUUUAUUCUUGCACCAGACUUCAGAGAGGAAGAGCCCUGCAGGGCUUGGGAAAAGCCAUUUGAAGCUGGAGGGAGCCCUCCUCUGGGAGGAAGGGGUGGCUGCCGGCGCCUUGUGCUCACCGGCUGUCCGUGCUUUCCAAAAAGGAGUCUCCAAUCUGGACCAGCAGAAAACCCCAAAUCCAAUUCCAUAAAACAAAAUUUGAGAAUGUGAAAAUUGUGUUUUGCUGUAUACUGCAACUUUAAUGAUAAUGAGCACUUCUGAGUUCGUUAUUGAGGUUUAUAUAAUGCCUGAAAAGUUUAACUGCUAUUUUCCCCUUGUCUCCCCUUUCAGAACGCUUUCUCAUAGCAGCAGCAGUAAUACAUUUUUGUUAGCUGCCCUUCCCCCUUGGAGGAAAUUCCUGUUAAUGUCUUAGCUCUUCUGCCUUGCAAUAGCUGGGUUGUAGCUGACACGUGUGCCCGUCUUUUGCAAGCCAAACUCUUCAAGAUAAAAGAUGGGAUGGGCACAUGCCAGGAUAUUUAGCUGAUGUGUUGACAAGAAGCUUUUAAAUCACUGUAUACCAUAAUAGCAAAUGCACAGUAAUGAAGGAUUGAAAUUGGCUCAUGGUUAAACUCCUGUAAAUUGAAUUUCACAUCUGCACUGGUGUAGUUAAAAAUGAUUUUGGCCCUUGUGGAGAUGCACCCUGAAGACUCCUUCCAUUAUAAUGCUAUAAAGUAUUGACGAAGGCAUUAUAUAAUUUUCAUCACUUUCAGAUCUUAAUGAAUCGUAUUUUAUUGUAAUAUAUAUUCAUUGCUUUCCUCAGUUAAAAAAAAAGUUACUGCUUUUAUCUUAUAUGAAAAACAAGGGAAUUUGAUAAAGCAUUCAUUAUUUUCAUAUUACUAGUAUUAACAGAAUAGAACUAGUACUAUUUAAUUUUAGAUCUUCAUAGGUAGCUUGUUAAUAAUUCAUAUUUUCCUGUGUUGUAUCCUACUAACUUUUUCUGUUUUUUUUUUUUUUUUUUCUUCCCAAAUACUCUGCAUUCUUGAGGAAAAAAAGAAAUCCAAUGAGUGGAUAAGUGCAAUAUUCAUAGAAUAAACAGGCCCCUCAUCCAGGACUUGGAGUGGAACGUGCAGUGUGAACUGUUUGCUAUUUUCUAUUCAUGCACUCUUAGGGGAAGUGCAGGGGAGAGGGGAGGCUGGAGGAGAACAGGGCCCUUGGGUAGAUAGGGAUUGCUAGCUGGGAUGGUUUGGGGUAGAGCAGCUACUUUUUUGUAAGAAAGCAUCACCUGUGAGUAAAAGUGUAAAGAUUAUGCAGCAUGUUGCCAGAAACGUGUGCAGAAUGUGCAUUAACAUCCUUGUUGAUAAAGGCCUUCUGAGCUAUGCUUAAAUACUCCUGUCAUCCAUGCAUGAUACUGUCUUCUAGUUUGUCUCUGGUUAUGUCCUCAUUUUUCCCUUCUGCAAUUAUCAGUUCUGAAGCGUGACACUUCUGGUGCAGCCCCAAGUCUUGAUACCCUAGUGUUAGUUGUAUUUAUUGCAAGAGCUAUGGGCGUAUUUUUACAGUUCCUCAUUUCUUUUUCUUCCCUUGUUGUUAACCUAAGGAAAAAAAAAAAGCCCCAAUUUGGGUUAUUUCUCCCCUGCAGAGUUUCACAGUUGAUUUGGUUUCUGCUGUCAUAUGUUUUGGCUUGCAAAGGCUGAUCUCUCAGGUCUAAAAUAAAGUUGGGCAGAAACUCUGCUUUUCAAAAGAGAAGUUUUGUCUUAAAUUCCGUUUUGAAUGGAAGGAGAACUUCAUUCUCUCUAGAAUAACGCUGACUUCUAGGUAGCAGCAAAAGCUACCUUUGCAAAACUGGACUAUUUUUGUAAAAAUUCAAAAGAAAUGUGAAAGCCAGAGCGUUUGAUACUCUGAGCUCCUAGGAGUACCUUUCCUCUUGCCCUGGUCCCUGUCCCUGGAAGGGAGGUGUACCUCAGCUUUCUACUCCUUAGCUGUUGUCCUGCUGUUCUUAAAUUUGUGUCAGAACACCUUAAUAUUGUUAGAAGAGACCUUUGGAUUAAAAUAGAAAAACUGAAUUCUGCAGACAUUUUCCAAAAUCACAUAGCUGUUGCUAUUUCAGUGCGUCUAGUAGCUUUACGAACAAAUCUAGCUGGGAGGAGCCGACCUCAUCCUCCUUUCACAUGUUCUUGUCUAAACUGUUGAGCAGCCCGCCAGCAUCCACAGAGUUGCACUGAGAGAAAACCCUCAGCGGGGUGGGAACGCGACCCCCUAAGCCACCGGUGCUCACGUGCCGUGAUCUGCUUCCCUGCAGGCCAUGCAGCUUGUUGAAACCACGGGAGCUUUGCUGCUAUGUGCCGGUGUCAUCCUGACGCUCAUGGCUCAGUGUCCGGCAAUUCCAGGUGCCGUUUGCUUUCACCCGUGUAGGGAAGUGCUGUGUGUAAUUCAGUGUUUGAAAGGUACCAAUAUGAUGAUCUGAGAGCAAAUGUUUGUUUGUUUGCUUGUUUUUUUUUGUUUGUUUUUUUUCCCUCCCCCCUUGCUUUCAGCUACUCGGUAGGAGCGGAGCCCGCCGAGGUGGCGAUGCAUGGAGAACGUGCCUGCACACUUGAACCAUUUCGUGGCCUCGGCUGGCUGUGCCCAGUGCUCGUAUUUCUCUCUCGCUCCCUCUGCACUGCUCAGCGGUCGCUUCUGUUGCGUGUGUUCGUAAUUCUCAAAGUACUGUACGUAGGGCCGGAUCCGGAGUCCCCUGCAGUUUGCCUUGGGGUUGGGACCUGGGUCGCUAGUGCUGCUUCUCCUCCUCAGUCUUAAGCCUGACCCGGAGCAGAGCGCAGGUUCCUGUGAGAAGUCGUCCAUGACUCUCCCAGGAGAGACCUCAUCCCUGCGGGGUGUCAGUGUUGCAGGGGUCUCUCCUGGGCGGCGUCCCCGCAUCCGGGCCGGGCGCCGUGGGUCUCCCCAGUGAAACCGCGCUGCAGCUUUCCUCCCGGCAUGGCGCAGCGGCCUCACUGGCGCAGGCCAAACAAAUUAGUUUCUCCCAUUUUAUAAUGUCAGGGCUGGGCUGGUCCCAUUCACAAUGUUUUUCAUUUGUUCUUGCAUCGAGGUAGUGUCAAUUCUAGUUGGAGAGUGCAAUUUUUUUGUUUCAUGUUUUGUUUUUUUAAUAAAUAAAUUUGGUUUAAAGCUUCACACUGGCGUUUUACAGACCCGUUAUUGUCAGCAUAAGCCACUACUGUCCUGAGUUGAGACUCCUGUUUGUUACUGAAUCAAAAGAAUGGGAAUUAUAUUAACAAUUUGGCAAGAAAUAAGAGAUAACUAUAUUGGCAGGGGAGGGAUAGAUAAAGAUAAAAUAUGAGAAAAAGAUGUUUCCUAUAAGGCCAUACAUUAUUGGGUCUAACACUGCAGGUGUUUUCUCUGUAUAGAUGGUUUUAACACAUCACUGCUCUGUGUUAGCAUUUUUCAUUGUUGAGGAAUGCCGAGUUUUGUGCUCCGUAAUGUACUAUGACAAUCUGUAUCCUGAAGCCAAUGAUCCACCAAAGUACGACAAACGUGCGUUAUGUGUUGGUGUGUCUGAGGGUUCGCAUACACUGGAGUUCAGCUAAUAGAGCUGGCAAGGAAGUCUGUUCCAGAUCUGCCUGUGUUGGCCCUCUGCGAAAUAACGAUGUGUUAGUGGCAUUUCGGGGAGAACGUUUUGUUUUAGAUUAUGGAGAUCUUUCCCUGAUACUAAGGGUUACUUGGUUAUAAAGGUACCUUUCUUUCUUGGUCCUUGCUUGGUGAAGAGAAGCAGAGGGGAGGAGAAUCACUUGGCCCUGUAGGAGAAUUUCUUUUUAAUUUAACUUCUAAAUAUUAAAUACUUCAGGCUUCUCUAGAUAUUCCACUUCAAAUCUACGUUACUGACUCUAUAGUUGACUGAUGUCUGAAAUUUAAGCAGUGACAGGCCUUUGCUGUGCAAACAGUUCUAUUCUUGCUUGAGAGCUUGUUCUUGAACCACUUCUGGGUCACCAGGGAAGUAGGGGAAAAAAAAAUCCUUUCAUCACCCCUGGGGUUUAGACUGGGGGCAUCAAAUUCUGUUUUGGAUCUGGAUCCCCCUGAGCUUUCAGGUUUGGUUUGUUUCUAUUCCAUAGAAGCGGGACUAGAAGGGAAUAUUGCAUCCCUGGAAUUUACCCUGCAACAAUUAGUAAACUGGAGCAAAUAAAAAGGGAAUCAAAAACAAACGUUUUAAAAAUGAAAUAUUUUAGUAAUAGCUCACUUAACUAUUUCCUGUCUUGGUUUUUCAAGAGAGAAAAAAGUUAUAAUUGCUUCCAGUCUCUAGGAGAAAUUAUUUUUGCAGUGUGCUGAAAGACUUGCUCAUUACUCAUGGUGAGUUCAAACCUGGAGUACUGCAAAAGCUGAGUGCAUGUGCCAUUACAAUGACCGUUUUGUACUGAGGACCCAAACAGUACUGUGGGGUCAAUAGUGUACAGAGAAGGUGCGUUUCUGUUGUCUGGUUAACUUCAUGUUGCGUCAGGGCCGUUCCUUUAUUGCAGAUUUAAUUGCAGACAGCAGUGUUCAUUGCUCUGGUUGUGGUGUUUGGGGAGAACCAAACAGAUGAGCCUUCUCAUGUGAAGGUUUGAUAUCAAAUUUCAUGUCAGGAGAAGUCUUGCCAGCAGUUUGAUCGAUUGCUGCUUAGGCUGGAGUUCAGGCUCAGCUAACCAGCAGUGGGUGUUGAGAGCAACUCUGUUGGGCAUAUGCAUCUGUAGCAGUUUCCAGAACCGUUAACUAGCCCAAAUUGUCUUGGAAACGGGGCAGUCAGUUGUGAGGAGCCUAAACCUCUUGCUGAAUUAAGGCUGAAAUCUGUUGGAGCAGUUGUGCUCACUGCAGUUAGGAAAGCACUUGUUUUCUUGUACCUGGAGUGGAAGCCGCUAUUGGUUUUGCUGUCCUAAAUGUGUAUUUAACAGAAGAUCGAUCUAGGCCUAGUCUAAACGAGGCUUUGCAGUGGGUUUCCUGGAUCAUAGGUGUUCUUAAUGUGACCUUGUGUAUUUGAUGCUGUUGUGAUUUCUGUGUUGGUGUAGCAGUCCGCUUGUGAGCAGAUAGGUGGUGGGAAUGUACCUGGUAGGGAGCUUGGGACAGUAUGUCGGUGACCAGAGAUAGAGAAAUGUGUGGCUGGUCUUAGUGUGUGUGGUCAAGUUGGUGACACUUUUUUUUUGUCUUUUUUUGAUGUGGGUACCAUUUUGUCUGUCCUGCUUGGGAAAAGGUCUAGAAGUUGAUGCAGUUUCUGUUGUAGCAUAUUUAGAGACGGAAGAAUUGAGGGUUUUUUCUUUUUUAAGAGAGUUUAUAGGCGAGAGUCCAUUCAGUUUGUUUUGGGAUGUGAGUUAAAGCUAUGAGGGUAUUUUCUGAUCACUGCCAAGAGAGGAGGAAAAUGAGUUUAGGGAAACUUUGAUAACAGCUUUGGACCAUAUUUCUUGUGGCCUCUGAUCCAGCUCCAUUGAAGGCAGUGGAGUGACUAUUCAUUGUGCAGCCUUUGGCCAAGUACUGAUUCUUUUAGAGCUGAUGGGCAUUUUGCGACAUGCUGGAAGCAAUGUGGCCCCUUAAUGUACCUAUAACAAAUGUGGAGCUGGAGAUGAAAAUAGUAACUGCAGGGUCAUAGUUUGUCCAGUUUUUGUUUAAUCAACUGGAGAUGGUGACUGCUUGAAUAAAACUGUUUGUACAGUGAACAGCUCCUGCAAGGGUCCAAAUUAUUUUGGCCUUUAAUAUGUUUUUCUAGAAAAUCACAUCAGAUGCAUGAUAGAAAAUAUUGCCCUUCUCAGCUUCACAAUCUAAAUUUAAAUACAGAGAAAUGACACUUUUGCACAUAACAGUAUUUUUUACUAUUAGUGGCAAGAGUUAUUGUUAAUGGGCUAGGGUGAAAUGCCCCGAUCUGUUUGAACUGGCACAAAACUGAAGAAAGACAUUUUUAGGACCAGUUUCCAAGUCUGCUGUGCAAGAAUGGAAGAUUUGAUGCAGAUUAGAGUUCUGGUUAGCAGAGGUGAGCAACUUCUUUAUGGGCCAACACAAGUGCAUCCUCAGUGGGGGCGGGGGGGAAAUAACUCUCCUUUUUGCCAAGCAACCCUGUAGAAAUGCCCCUUGUGCUUUAGCACAGGUUAGUUGGGGACCUCUAAUUACAUACCUAAUAUAUAUGGUGCUGUGGGCCUGAUUCUGUGACUGGGGCAAUUGAAGUGGAUCUCAGUCCUAGUGAGAUCUGUAUCACAACGUCUUCAUUGCUCCAGGUUUGCCAGUGGGGGAAAUAGAGUUGGGCAAAACAUUGCCUUCCUGCUAAUCCAGACUUGCAGACUUUACCCGAGUUGAGCCUUUGGUCCAGAAUUGUUUUCAGAGCUGUCGUAGAAGUUAGGUUGUAGACCAAGUGCAGUAAAUGAGGGUUUAAAUAAUGCUCAGAUACAACCUGUUUCUGCUCAUGUCGCAGGCCAGAGUGCUGCGGUAGCUGGUGCUGCUGGCAUGUGUGAGACAGGCUCUGUACAUGGUGCUGCCCUCCUGUCUAUGCUGAUGACAAAAUGACCACAUGCUGUGCCCAAAUGCUUUCUCAAGGAACUGCAAUAUGAUGUAAAGCAAAUUAGGUUGGGUUUUUUCCCCUAGAACUGUGUUCAGAAGCAGUCAAAGUGAACAUUUUUAGGGGGGUUUAACCAUGUCUGUGUCUGUAAAGGUGAAAAUUCUGCAUGGGUCACUCAGUGGAGAAUGAGAAGAAAAAAAAUUGUCUUGAGCAAUUGUGCAUGUGAAAAAGCUGAGCAAAAAUUUCUGAUUGCUGUGGCUAAAAGUAGGUAUAAACAUCUACUUUUAGGCAUCUAAUAGAGCUGAUUUGAUCUUGGAGGUGAACCCCAUUUAAUAAUUGUUACAUAGGACUACUCGACAACUCUUGGAGGAAAAGAAAGACCACCUCAAGUUGAGGUCCUGGACAUUUUUAGAGAAGGGAGUUGCCGUAAAUGUAAAAUAUUGCCAGGAACUUUAUGGGUUUAAAUCUUUUCCUAGGAUUGUCAUAGAUGCUUGUGACUGCAUCCUGGCCCAUACUGGUGGGUAUUGACAUCUUUCUGCAAAAAUGCAUAGCCAUACAUUUGUGAUGUGCAUGUAUGUAUUGAAAAAGGUUAGCCUAAUAAGGGUCUGGGAUAAAUUAUGCUUGAUAAAAGGGCUUCUGAUUUGCAUGUUUCAAACACACUUAAAAACCUGGGAUGAAUCUUGUGUUCAGGUAACCUUAGCUCCUUUCCAGGCAUCUGCUAUCAUGCACCCUGACAACACGCAGAUGCAGCAGCCUGAGGUUUUGGAGCAUGGCAGAUGCUAAUGGAAAAGGCAAUUUGGGGCACACACUGCCACUCUGUUAUUCCUGUGCUUCAACCAUGCCAAAUUUCAGAGCUCUGCCAUGGCAAAGCAGAAUCAGGCCCUUGGCAUAAUGUGUCUGUACUGUCCUACAGGGCCAUGCACUGCUCUGCCAGGCACUUGGAGCUGUUUGCUGGCUGUGGAGGUGACUCCAGGGUGAUGCAGCUUGGCUCUCUGGGUGCCCAGGACCAGCAGAGGGGGCAAGGGAUGGCCAGAAUUUGAGGGCUGUUUUCUCAGAGUUAUUACAAGUUCUUUGCAGUGUGAAACUCUAAUCUUUUUAAAGACUCAGGCAGAAAGGACUUGCUAAAUAGACUGUACCUGUCAUCUCCCAGUUCAUUGAUUGCUUGGACCAAAGGUGGUGCUAAAUCUGAUCUUUGUAAUAUUUAUGUUUUGUUGGACUUUUUUUUUUGAAGUGUUUUAUCAAACAGAUGCAGUGUUGUUACAUGAGAAACAGUCCUGGCUUGGGACUUGGCAAAACCCACUGGACCUUCAGGUUUCAGGAUUGUUGCUUAUUAACAUUGGAGCAGGCUUGCAGUGUUCUGGGGGGAGGUGGGAAAAGGGUACUCUAUCUUCAAAUGCUUGCAGACUGUAAGAAUUGACUUGUGAUUUUUUUUUUUUUUUUUUUUUGUAUUUUGUUUACAUUGCCUCUUAUGCCCUAAGGAAAAAUAAAUUUUUGACCUUUUUAA